CGCUGUUUGUGUCUCUAACCGGGGUCAAAGUUCGUAGAGCCGGCUGUGUCGUAAAGUCACCGUCGAGAAACUAACAGCAGAAGGACAAUUAUGAAAAACAGAAAUACAGACAUUAACUAGAAAUAAUGUGCGUUAACCAGGGUUGCGGUUCUUCAUAAGAGAAACGGUUAAUUGUUGAGAAAUACCGCUCCGUUUGCUGCAGCCUGAUGCCAGCUGAAGCGUGAUGCAUCCAGAGCAGCCCGGCUUCGCCCUGCGGAGACGGCGGGCAGAUUCGCCCCCCCGGGGCACGCCGAGUACCGGCCUACUGCGGGGCCUCAUCCAGAGCGCCAGGCCUCCUUCCUUCUGCUUCCUGCUCCCCAGGGUCCACGCAGCUGAUGUGGCUGCUGCCCAGCCUGCACAGAUGCCCUCUUCUUCCUCCUCCUCCUCCUCCUCCUCUACCUCCACCAGUCCCGCACCCAUCCCCUCUCCCGCCCUGCCAAGCAACAUAGGAAAGCCAGAAUUCCCAGACACUGGAUGGGACCGUGUGAAGGACCUCUUUGACAGAGAUGCGACCCAGCGGUACCCAGAGGAGGUGACCAACGUGAUAAAGAGCGGUGCAGUCGCCGCACUGGCGGGGCUGUUCUACGGAGGCCUGCCAGCUGCUCGCGACGCCAGGCAGAGGUACAUCCAAGUCAGCCAGGCGGAGAUGUACACUAGCCGAGUGGAAGCAGUGCGCUCAGCCCAUAAUGCAGCCAUCCGGGGUUUUGUUCGAUAUGGAUGGAGAUGGAGCUGGAGAGUGGCCGCUUUCGUCACCUUAUUCAACUCCGUCAGCACCGGGCUGUCUGUGUACCGAGACAAGUCUACAAUCAGCCAUUAUGCUGCAGCUGGAGCUGUGACUGGAGGCCUUUUCAGACUGAACCUGGGCCUGGGGGGGCUGGUGGCAGGGACCAUCAUCGGAGCUGUGCUGGGGAUUCCCACCGGUGCUUUGAUCAUCAGCAUGCAGUCGAUCGCUGGAGAAACAGCCAGAGAGAGGAGGAGGAGAGAGCGCUGGGAACUGUAUGAGCUCAAACUCAAUGAAUGGGCGGCCCGUCUGCACUUGACCGAUGAGUUGAUCGGAGAUCUGAACGUCAGCUCUCAGGCAGAGGAAACCAACAAGGACAUGCGGCGGAUCCAGGAACUGCUCAGUUUGCCAAAGAACGAAGAGGCGACUCAGGACUCCCGCAGCCAAUGACAGUAGCUGCCUCACUGCCUGUUAGCUGUCGGACACUGUAGGUGGGACUUCACACUACUGGGAGGAUAAAUGGGUCGCUUGUUUGUCUGGACUCUCACUGUUUUUGAAACUGCUUCAAAUCAGAAUUAAAAGACACUGUUGUACCUCACCAACUACUGUCCUGUGUAAUGGUAUAUCUAUCUUUGUGAGGGCCAAUUUGAGGACAUUUAGUUCUGAUUGUUAGGGUAAGGGGCAAGGAAGGAAACGCAUUAUGUCAAUAAGGGUCCUCAUAAGUAUAGAUGUACGAUCAUGUGUGAGAGGCAGGGACACAAAUAGAUCAUGCAUCAUCCCUUUUCUCAGCAGACAGUUUAGAAGAACACAUCAACAGUAUACGGUUACAAAAACAGGAUUGAAAAACAGUAAUUUUACCUCACAGAACACAAGUUGCUUGUCUACCGCUGCCUCUAUCGGUUAGUUUGUUUCUGUUACUUCAUUACUUUGGUUAGUCACACAAUAGCACAAACUAACUAACCGAUCAAAGCAGCAGUAGACCAGCAAUUCCCAUAAUCUGCGAGGUCAAAUUCCAGGUUUUCUCAAUGGAGUCUGGCGGCUUUGGCGAAAGCUUACAUGGAACUUUUAAAGAUUGUAUUUGUCAUUUCUAAUUGAUUUAACAUUGUACAGUUACACAAAGUUGCCAUAGUAAGGGAUACAACCUAAUAAAACAUCGUCAACAUGUCUCCUACAGUAUAUUGAUACAUAGAGAUCAAGUAGCUUUGCCUCUAACUGACGUUUCCUCUAGAUAGUCAAAAUGAGUUCAGCUCGUUGGUGCUUGUGUCCUUCAGUAUUGGCUCAUAAUGAAUAAACAAUAAAAUUAAUCAAAAAUCA